AUGACGACGCCGAAUGCUAUGAAGACGGCGAUAGUCACAGGUGGCUGCGGCGGGAUCGGCUUCGGGCUGGUAUCGUACCUGCUCUCACAGCCCGAUUGGCGCGUCGUGAUCGCCGACAUCCGCGCGGACGCCUACACCCCCAUCGCCGCAAAGCUCGACCGGGACCGGCACCUGUUCGUGGCGACGGACGUCGGGUCGUGGGACUCGCAGGCGGCGCUGUUCCGGCAGGCGUUCGCGUGGUCGGGCGGGCGCAUCGACUUCCUCGCCGCCAACGCCGGCACGGCCGAGAAGGAGCACAUCGCGCUGGCGAACCCGAUGGCGCCGGACGCCGACCCGGACAGCGAGCCCCUGCCCCCGCCCAUGCACUGCACUCAGGUCAACCAGAUCGGCGUCUUCUACGGGCUCAAGCUCUUCAUCCACUACAGCCGCCGCACCGCCAAGGCCAUGCUCGCCGCCGCCGCACAAUCAACGAACGGCGCCGAGGCCUCUGCCACCACCCUCAACCCAACGUCGUCGUCCUCGUCGUUAUUAUCUCCAGCGGCGGCGGCCGCAGCAGCAGCAGGAUACAACCCGAAGGUGGUGAUCACGUCGUCGUGCGCAGGGCUGUACCCGUUCCCCGUGGCGCCGGAGUACUGCGCGACGAAGCACGCGGUGCUGGCGCUGACGCGGUCGGUGGGCGCGAUGCUGCUCGCGACGGACAACCUGGCGGUAAACUGCAUCAACCCGGCGUACGUGGACACGGGGAUGACGCCCUCGGCGGUGACGGCGCAGUGGCCACCGGAAUGGAUCACGCCCGUGAGCACGAUGGUGCGCGCGUACGCCGAGCUGAUCUCCGAGACGGGGCGGGUGGCGCAGGACGGCCGGUCUGAUGGCGUCGACGGCGUGGUCAAGACGGGCCAGAGCGUCGAGUGCGUCGUUGACCGCCUGUUCUACCGCAGACCCGUCGACUACGCCGACGAGAGCCAACGCUUCCUCAUCGAGCAGAGCCUCGACCUGCAGCACGGCCUCUGGUGGAAGGGCGCGAGGGAGAGGUUCGCGAACAGGCAGGCCGCCGCAGAUCAGGUUGGGGCGACGUGA